CAACAGGUCAGGGCUAGGCUGGGGCCGGGUUCGCGGUGCUCGCUGAGGCGGCGGUGGCUACGGUUGGAGGAGCCGGGCCAGGGCCGCGGCGAAGGCCGCGGCUGGUACUGGAAGGGUGGCAGGCAGGGACGGGGAAGGAAGAUGGCGACGUCGGGGGCGAACGGGCCUGGCUCGGCCUCGACCUCGGCCUCGGCUUCCAAUCCGCGCAAAUUUAGUGAGAAGAUCGCGCUGCAGAAGCAGCGUCAGGCCGAGGAGACGGCGGCCUUCGAGGAGGUGAUGAUGGACAUCGGCUCCACCCGGUUACAGGCCCAAAAACUGCGACUGGCAUACACAAGGAGCUCUCAUUAUGGUGGGUCUCUGCCCAAUGUUAACCAGAUUGGCUCUGGCCUGGCCGAGUUCCAGAGCCCCCUCCACUCACCUUUGGAUUCAUCUCGAAGCACGCGGCACCAUGGGCUGGUGGAACGGGUGCAGCGAGAUCCUCGAAGAAUGGUGUCCCCACUUCGCCGAUACCCCCGCCACAUUGACAGCUCUCCCUACAGUCCUGCCUACUUAUCUCCUCCCCCAGAGUCUAGCUGGCGAAGGACGAUGCCCUGGGGCAAUUUCCCUGCAGAGAAGGGGCAGUUGUUUCGACUACCAUCUGCACUUAACAGGACAAGCUCUGACUCUGCCCUUCAUACAAGUGUGAUGAACCCCAGUCCCCAGGAUACCUACCCAGGCCCCACACCUCCCAGCAUCCUGCCCAGCCGACGUGGGGGUAUUCUGGAUGGUGAAAUGGACCCCAAAGUCUUUCUCUUUCAAGUACCUGCUAUUGAGGAGAACUUGCUAGAUGACAAGCAUUUGCUGAAGCCGUGGGAUGCUAAGAAGCUAUCCUCAUCCUCUUCCCGACCUCGGUCCUGUGAAGUCCCUGGAAUUAACAUCUUUCCAUCUCCUGACCAGCCUGCCAAUGUGCCUGUCCUCCCACCUGCCAUGAACACGGGGGGCUCCCUACCUGACCUCACCAACCUGCACUUUCCCCCACCACUGCCCACCCCCCUGGACCCUGAAGAGACAGCCUACCCUAGCCUGAGUGGGGGCAACAGUACCUCCAAUUUGACCCACACCAUGACUCACCUGGGCAUCAGCGGGGGCAUGGGCCUGGGCCCAGGCUAUGAUGCACCAGGACUUCAUUCACCUCUCAGCCACCCAUCCCUGCAGUCCUCCCUAAGCAAUCCCAACCUCCAGGCUUCCCUGAGCAGUCCUCAGCCCCAGCUCCAGGGCUCCCACAGCCACCCCUCUCUGCCUGCCUCUUCCUUGGCCCGCCAUGCACUACCCACCACCUCCCUGGGCCACCCCUCACUCAGUGCUCCGGCUCUCUCCUCCUCCUCUUCCUCCUCCACUUCAUCUCCUGUUUUGGGCACCCCCCCUUACCCUGCUUCUACCCCUGGGGCCUCCCCCCACCACCGCCGUGUGCCCCUCAGCCCCCUGAGUUUGCUCGCGGGCCCAGCCGACGCCAGAAGGUCCCAACAGCAGCUGCCCAAACAGUUUUCGCCAACAAUGUCACCCACCUUGUCUUCCAUCACUCAGGGCGUCCCCCUGGAUACCAGUAAACUGUCCACUGACCAGCGGUUGCCCCCAUACCCAUACAGCUCCCCAAGUCUGGUUCUGCCUACCCAGCCACACACCCCAAAGUCUCUACAGCAGCCAGGACUGCCCUCUCAGUCUUGUUCAGUGCAGUCCUCAGGUGGGCAGCCCCCAGGCAGGCAGUCUCAUUACGGGACACUGUACCCACCUGGGCCCAGUGGGCACGGGCAACAGUCUUACCACCGGCCAAUGAGUGACUUCAACCUGGGGAAUCUGGAGCAGUUCAGCAUGGAGAGCCCAUCAACCAGCCUGGUGCUGGAUCCCCCUGGCUUUUCUGAAGGGCCUGGAUUUUUAGGGGGUGAGGGGCCAAUGGGUGGCCCCCAGGAUCCCCACACCCACAACCACCAGAACUUGACCCACUGUUCCCGCCAUGGCUCAGGGCCUAACAUCAUCCUCACAGGGGACUCCUCUCCAGGUUUCUCUAAGGAGAUUGCAGCAGCCCUGGCCGGAGUGCCUGGCUUUGAGGUGUCAGCAGCUGGGUUGGAGCUAGGGCUUGGGCUAGAAGAUGAGCUACGCAUGGAGCCACUGGGCCUGGAAGGGCUAAACAUGCUGAGUGACCCCUGUGCCCUGCUGCCCGAUCCUGCUGUGGAGGAUUCAUUCCGCAGUGACCGGCUCCAAUGAGGGGCCUCAUCACCAUCCCUCUUCUUGGCCCCAUCCCCCACCACCGUUCCUUUCCUCCCUUCCCCCUGGCAGGUAGAGACUCUGCUGUCUGUCCCCAGAUCCUUUUUCUAGCAUGAAUGAAGGAUGCCAAGAAUGAGAAAAAGCAAGGGGUUUGUCCAGGUGGCCCCUGAAUUCUGCACAAGGGGUGGGCCUGGGGGAACUCAAGGGAGGGCCUAAAGCACUUGUAACUUUGAACCGUCUAUCUGGAGGUCAGAGCCUGUUGGAAAGCAGGGGAUAGAGAGGAGCCCUGGAGGCAGGGCUUGUCCGGAUGCCUAGGGGUGGGCAGUGCCAGCCCCUCCUCACCACUCUUCCCCUUGCAAUGGAGGAGAGAGCCAGAGUGGAUACUAUUUUUUAUUAAAUAUAUUAUUAUAUGUUAAUAAAAAAAUAUCAAACCC